AUGCUCCGCCAGCGCCUCAUCCAGACUGUCCGAACUCGCGACGGUUCAGCCACAGGUCCGAGCCGAUGGACCUGCCCGGGCCACGAGGAGCAACCCAAAGGUUACCUCUUCAACCGGACCCCGUUGUCCCCAGGCCAGACUCGAAAAUGGGAGGACUGGGAGCUCCCUUGUUACGUCACCAGCUUCCUCACCAUCGUUAUCCUUGGCGUCGGCCUCAACUCUAAGCCUGAUCUCAGCAUCGAGACCAAGCACUUCAGGUGCAUAAGAGGCCAAGUACCAUUCUCUGCUUUCAACUGGGGCUGUUGGAAUGUAUGCAGGACAGUUGGCCAGGCUUAGGGGAUGCAAGGUCAUUUGUCGUGUUCCUUUUGCUUCUGAUUGGAUCUGAGUUGAUUUUUUAUUUUUUUUCAAUUCGGGAUCUGGAAUUUGGCUCGCUGAUAUCUAGUAAACAGUCCAUGGCCGAAAGCAGCAAACGCACCGUCUGGACAAGGAUAGUGAUACAGCACCGCUGCUUUCAUGGGUGGAGGUAGCAGAUCAUUUCUCGGAUCUAGCAUUUUUCCCCUCUCUGUUUCUCUCUGUGUGUGUAAGUUUAUCUGACUGGGUUUCAUCAGAGAACUCAGCCGGUUAAAGACUCGUGCUGAUAACGUGUUAUAAAUCUAGUGAGAAAAUGGAGAGAAAAUUGGGAUAGAGAGAAACUGAUCUCAGAAUGUUUCAGUUCUCAAAACUGUC